CCCAAUUCCCCACAAUCACCUUACCCCAGGGCAUCGGUUGAAGAUGGCAAAAGACCGCUCAACGACCAAGGACGGAAAGGAAAAAAAGAAGGAAAAGCGAUCCAAGGACGCUGCAACCCCACUCGCAGACGAAAACAGCAGAAUAUCGAAGAAACACAAGAAGUCCAAGAAGAGCAAGACAGCGAAUCCUCCCACCGAUGACGAGCUUGAUAUCACUGAUGCCACUACUGCUGUUUUGAGUGUUCUCUCUGCCUCGGGGGCUGCGGAGGGAGCGAAGGAACGCACUGGUGCCGCACCGAUCGGCGACUUGGUCCUGGUACCUUUCGCGAAGCCAUUGGCUGGGGAGAAAUUGAGCAAGAAGGUUUUCAAGACUGCUAAGAAAGCCGCCAAAAACAAAUCCCUAAAACGCGGCGUAAAAGAAGUUGUCAAAGCACUCCGCAAAUCCCCGACUGGCGCCACAGCGACGGGCGCAAGCUCCGGUAUUGUCGUCCUCGCCGCAGACAUCUCGCCAAUGGACGUCAUCUCGCACAUCCCGGUUCUCUGCGAGGACCACGGAAUCCCUUACGUAUUUGUUCGCUCGAGAGCCGAGUUGGGGGCUGCGAGCGCUACCAAGAGGCCUACUAGUGUUGCCAUGAUUGUUCCUACUGUUUCUGUAGGCACGAAGGAUAAGAAGAAGAGGAAGGGUACUAGGGAUGAGGCGAUGGAGGGGGCUGAGGAAGCAGAGGGAGGAGCUGAUGGGUUUAAGGAAGCGUAUGAUGGGUUGUUGGCACUUGUUGAGGAGGCAGGAAGGGGGGUUAUGGUUUAGCGAAUGGUUGUAUGAUAGUUUCAAUUCGAGAAGUCUUC